AAAAAUAAUAAACUAUUAAGAAGAUAUCUAUUUAAUAAAAUCAUCAUCACACUACCGCCACCACCUCAUAACUUUUAAAAUUAUCUUUUUAAUAAUGAAAUAUUUAUUAUUAAUUAUUUUAUUAAUUAAUUUAAAUUAUUGCUUUAUUAUAGAUAAUAAUAAUAGGGGUCAAUAUAAAAUUUCAGAAAAAUUAAUAAAUAAAAUCAACGAUAAUAGUAACAAUUUAAAAAUAUGGAUAGAGUUUACUGUAAAAGAUAUAUCACAUCAUAAUGAUAAUAGUUUUGUUGAUAAUUCAAGUGGUGACAAUUUAACAAAAAAACAAAUUAUAGAUUUAAUAGGCAUUCACAAUGAUUCAAUAGAAAGAAGAUCAAAAAGAAUAGCCUCUACAAUUGAUAUAGAUAACCAUGAUUUACCAAUUUCAGAUUAUUUUAUAAAAGAAGUUUUAAAUUGUAAUAAUAAUAUUAUUUUAAAUUAUAAAUCAAAUUGGUUAAACUCAAUUUCGAUAUCAAUUAAAAAUAAAAAUAAAAAACAAUUAAAAGAUAUAGUAAAUUGUAUUCAAAAAAAAUCUUUUGUAAAAAAUUUAGACUUAGUAUUAAAAUAUAAAAAUAAUUUAAAUAGAAAAAACAAUAGUAAUGAUAAUGAUAAUAAUAAUAAUAAUAACAAUCUCAAAUUUCAAAACAAAUUAUUAGAAUUAAAUAUAAAAAAUAACUAUUCUAAUAAAACAAUCAAUGAAAUAUUUAAUAAUACAAAUAAAGUUAAAUUGGAUGAAAAGUUUUAUGGUUUAUCAUACAAAGGUUUAAAACAAGCAAAUAUAGAUAAAUUACAUCAAGAGGGUUAUUAUGGAACAAAUAUUAAAAUAUUAAUAAUAGACAGUGGGUUUUAUAAAGAUCAUGAAUCACUAAAGCAUAUUAAUUACAUAGGGGAAUACAAUUAUGUAGAUAAAAAGAAUGACACUCAAGAUGAAUUUGACCCAAAUUUAACAGAUCCAACAAUGUCACAAAAUGCACAUGGCACAGCAACUUUAUCGGUUAUAGGUGGAUUUGCUCCAGGAAAAUUAAUUGGCUCUGCUUUUAAUGCUAGUUAUUUUUUAGCUAAAACAGAAAUUAUAUUUGAAGAAAAUUUAGUUGAAGAGGACUAUUGGAUUGCAGCAUUAGAAAUGGGUGAAAGAAUGGGUAUAGAUUUGGUAACAAGUAGUUUGGGUUAUAAAGAAUGGUAUAGGUUUUCAGAUUUAAAUGGAAAAACUACAAGAAUAAGCAAAGCAGCAAAUCUUGCAAUUAAGAAAGGCUUGGUGAUUGUAAUUAGCACGGGAAAUGAUGAUAAAAAGGGUAUAGAUAGUCCAACAGAUAGUGAAUAUGUUAUUGCAGUUGGUGGUGUAACUCCUAGUGGUCACGAAAAAUCUUUUAUAAGUUCUAUGGGUCCUUCUUCUGAUGGAAGAAUUAAACCAGACAUUAUGGCAUUGGGUGAGCAAGUUCAAAUUGCAUACUUUACUGGUAAGGAUCAUUACAGAUUAGAAAUUGGAACAAGCUUUUCAAGUCAAAUAGUUGCCGGGGGUAUAGCUUUAAUCAUGGAAAAAAAUAAAGAUUGGAAUGCCUAUCAAAUUUACGAGGCUAUUACAAAAACCGCAUCAAAAGCAAAUAAUCCAGAUAUUAAUAUGGGCUAUGGGAUAUUUAAUGCAUAUGCAGCAUCUCAGUAUAACCCAUCAAAGCACUCGUGCAUAGAGGUUGGAUGUUUAAAUAAUGGAGUUUGUAAAUCAAAAAAUGAUUAUCCCUAUGAUGGUCAUAGUUUCGAAGAUGUAGUCAUUGGUCAUUGCAAAUGCCCACCUGCGUACUAUGGUAUUCAAUGUCAAUAUAAAAGAGAAAUAUGUAACCAAGAGCUAUGUAACUAUCGUUAUGGCGUUUGUCAAAUAAAUGAAUUCUUAAAAGAAAACAACUCUUUAUCAUACAACUGUAUUAGUCCCAAUAAUAUUAAAAAACUAAAAGUAAAUUUUGAUCCAAAUAUUUUAAUUUUAAAAACAAACAACUCAACAAACAAUAGCAAUAAUAGUAGUAGUAGUAGUAAUAAUAGCAGUGAUAAUACUAAUAAUAAUAGUUUAAAUAAAAAUAAUAACAAUAACAAUAAUAAUUCAAUUUCAAAUGAAAAGUUUAUUUUAAUAAUUUGUAUUAUAGUUGGCUUUUCAGUUUUAAUAAUUACAAUAUUAUUAAUUCUAUCAAUCAAAUUGUUUUUAAAUAUUAAAUUAAAUAUAAAAAACAAUUCUAUGAUAUAAAAAAUAAAGAUUAAAAUUUAAACUUUAAAUUAAUUUUAUUUAUUUU